AUGGCCGACUACGAGCCUCCCUCGUUCUCUCUCGGGUUCGAUCUGGGUUUCGAUUCGGAGCUUCAAACAGCUGACACGGAUCACUCCACUCCCGCACCAGCUCCAGACCCUUCGCGCGGUUCGGAUGCCCUUAAACCCUUUGACGUAGAUGAAGAGAUCGGGCCUCAAAUCACUGGUCCGGAUCCAGAAAUCGGGCCCCAACCAGUGCGGCCUCUCAAGCGGCUCAAGCGAGGACUGGCUCUGAAGCGGGAGCCCGCGACGCCGAUUCGUAAUAUUGACGAUGAUAUCGAAGAGUUCUCUUCUCCGGAAGAUAUUAUUCGAGAUGCAUAUCGGCCAACACAAUACCAAACUGUUUCCAGUAGUUCAAAGAUCCCAUUACAUGGAAGUGGGGUUUUAACCUCUCAAUCAUCCUGCCAUAGCAUGGGAAGGAAAAGGAAACCUACAUCAGAGGUCUCAGCUUCUGUGGGUAUGGAGGCGAACCGCCAAGGAUUGAUGUUUCCAAAGUUGACUACCAGUCCUCUUCGAAGGUUCCAGUUAAUUGAUUCUGAUUCUGAUGAUCCUUCAGUCAGAGAAAAUGGGAGCAGGGUUACUUGCAACGUUGAUCCAUCCUCAAAGAAGCAACAAUUCAAUUCCGGCCAUUCUGCAAGUACUAGUGAAACAAAGAAGAAACUAUCAGUGCCUCAAGAUGCAGGUGAUGUGGAUCUGUGGAAAGAUUUCAGUCCAAUCAAGAAGUUUAGCAUUCCAACACCUGCUUUGGAUGAGGUAUGUCAAGAAUUUCUCCAAUUCGCGAAGGAUAAGACUAGUCAGAAAUUGGAGAGGGAUUCAUGUCUACAUACAAAUGAAAUUUUUCAAGAAACGACAUGUUGGGUCCAAGAUGUUGAACAACUCUGGAAUGUGGCUGAUCCCCUUCCACCUGCUCAUCAUUACUUUUUCCAUGACGAUCCAAAUAUUCAGAAAUUAGUCUGCAGUCGCUUACCCAAUUUUUUUCCACUGGGCAUUAACGUCAGAGGAAAUCAACGGAAUGGUUCAUCAGUUAUUGACUACAUGGGUCAAUUUAGCACUGGAGAAGCUUCAAAGCAGAAAGUGAAUCAAAAAAUUCACCUUGACCAAAGCUCUAAGAGGAGAAAUAAAUCAAACAUAUCAAAUGUUGAAGAAGGCUUACAUGCUUCCGGAGGCUGGAUGAAUCCAAAAGGUAAAGCAGCACAGAAAGGUAGUGUCAAUAAGAGCUCAAGAAAGGGAAGAAAUAGGUCAGCCAAAUCAAAUUUUGGAAAUGUCGAGCAUACUUCUGGAAACUGGGUGGAACCCAGAAGCAAUGCCAGUACAAAGCGGAUUCAAGCAAAUGCACAACCUUCUGGUCAAUGGUCUACGCCCAGUGUAAGUGGGCAAGCUGCUGGUCAUUGGUAUACUGGCCCUGGUGGAAGGAAGGUUUAUGUAAGUAAAACUGGGCAGGAAAUGACAGGCUCUACAGCAUACAGACUCUAUCGGAAGGAAAGUGGAGCACGGUCUGUCAAAGCCAGAAAAACGAAAGGAAAAAAAGAAAAAGGUUCCAAGAAGAGGUGA